AUGCCCAGCAGUCCGCCCCCAAGCUACUCCAAUCUUCACACACAACGCUCCCACCAAGACCUCAGGAAAUACACCGACUACAAGGCCGAUAUCAAACGAAGUCUCAGCGACCCGAAAACCAUAGCCCCACGCACCAUACCCAGCAAACCCGCAUUGCCCUACUCCUCUCGCCACACCACAAUCGCAGAGCUAGAGGGCGACGCGGUAUACGCGAUGAGCGGGACCAACGCCGCGGGCCCCGUGAAUCCCUUUGCACUGCAUUCCACAUCACCACCCGCCAAACCCGCUGCAUCUCGGCGCGCAGAUGAAAAAAGAAUUCCAGAACUCGCAGGAGACAUGAACAUACCUGCAGAACUAGCAGCCGACACUACCAACAUGCCGAGCUCAAACCACACCUUGAAUCUGGCUUUCACACGAAGAGACAUAAAACAGCGUGCAUCGUGCAGUGACAUUUCAACGCACUACGCGGCACUCCCACGACGCACAACGCGAGCACGUCACAGCACUCUUAUUUCGGAAUUAGAAGACACGACUACUACGACCACGACGACCGCCAACACCAAAACUACUACUGCCACUGCAAUGACACACAUUUCGGAAUUAGAAGAUACCACAACCACCACCGCCCGCCACGAGCUCCCCUCACACCCUGCACACCGCAAACCACUCAUCCCGCAUAUAAUCCUGCACCCGGCAUCGCCUGUCCCCACGCGUUCUACUCUUUCACAUGCAUUAGUAUCGACAUCACCACGUCCAAGUCCAAGACAAGGUUCACGACUGGGUCCGAGACGGGAUUCCAGCUCAUCGCCGCAUGGAACCAAUACCAAUACCAAUAGUAAUGCCAAUACUGCAGCGCUACCGAAUAAAGCAAGCAAAGCGAGUGAUACACCAGACCCUCCGCCCAGCAAGGGAAGCAAGACGAGUGAUACAGCACAGCCACAGCCACAGUCACAGCACCAGCAGCAAAGCACCGCAUCAGCAUCAGGCCGUGUACGACGCCAAAAGUACAUGUUAGAUCUACUCGCGAGUAUCGAGGCGUAA